AUGUGGAGAUUGUUGGCAGUUCGGACGUAUCUUCUUUUACCGUUCCUCGUUUCUUGGUGUGAUGGAUCUGAUCCGAACGCGAUCUCGAUCGAUGACUAUUACUACGCGGAACUGGUCGGAAACAAAGGCGGGCGAGGCUUGUUCCCGAACAUUUUCAAUUUGGCUACUAACGCGAUAAUUACCGCCAAUGCGACAUGCGGUGAGACUGCAGCCGAGAACUACUGCAAAUUGGUGGAACACGUUUUUAUGAGAUCUCCUCAGUGCGACGUAUGCGACGCGAACAAUCCGCACAAGAGGCAUCCUGUGGAAUUCGCCACUGAUGGAACGAAUCGCUACUGGCAAAGCCCGACUAUCGCCAACGGUCCUCAGUACGAAUGGGUAACGAUCACCCUGGAUUUACGUCAGCAAUAUCAGGUGGCUUACGUGAUCAUCAAAGCCGCGAUCGCUCCCCGGCCGGGUAGAUGGAUUUUGGAGCGAUCCGUGGAUGGUUUGACGUUUAAGCCAUGGCAGUACUACGCGACGAGCGACGAAGAGUGUCUGAGAGUGUUCGGAAUUCCGGGUGCUCCUCAAGUGCCGAAGUUCGUCAAUGACGAUGAUGUUAUCUGCACAAGUCAUUAUUCGAUGCUCGAUCCUCUUGAAGACGGCGAGAUCCACACGUCACUAGUCAAUGGGCGGUCGGGUCUUGAUGGACCAAGUGAAACGUUGCAAGAGUUUACGAAGGCCAGGUUUGUUCGUCUGAGAUUGCAGAAGAUACGAACACUCAACUCAGACCUGAUAUACAUUACCAGAAGGCCAAAGCAUGAACUUAUUGACGAGUCAGUAACUCGACGGUACUUCUACGCGAUUCGUGAUAUUAGCAUCGGUGGACAGUGCAUCUGCUAUGGCCAUGCCGAAAGUUGUCCUGCCGACCCUGUUACCGGACAACUUCGAUGCGAGUGCAUGCAUAACACAUGCGGUGAGAGCUGUGAAGUGUGCUGUCCGUUAUUCAAUCAGAAGUUAUGGCGCCCCGGGACGAUCGUUGCUUCGGGCGGGUGUGAACCAUGCCAGUGCUUCAGCCACGCAACGGCUUGUCGCUAUGAUCCGGAAAUAGAAAAACAGAAGCUCAGUUUGACUCCGAACGGCAUAUACGAAGGUGGCGGUAUUUGCAUCGAUUGUCAGGUAUGCCGUUUUCUUGUUGCCAUGGUUGUUUUAUAG